AGUUCAGAUUUAGAAUUCACACCGCUUGCAUUUACACUUUUCAACACACAAAUUUAUACUCGAUUUUCGGUUUAUGUUCUUACUAUCCUUAGCAAAGGCUUAGAGUGAAAUUUUACAUUGCAAAAUGUCUCUUGAAGAAAAUGAAGACAGGCAGCUGAACUUUAUUUUCGAUGUGGUCAUUUCGAAGCUGGAAAUGUUUAGCAGCAAAAUCCAGGACCCGACAGAGGUCGAGAUACAGCUGAAGUUUUUAGCUUUAAACAUGCGGGUCACCGGAAGCCGGAUCAAUGUCACUGAGUUUGUGAACAACAGGUCCGCCGAGUUCAUGGCAACUGCUUCGGAAGUUCGACGCGCCUUAAACGAAGCUGGAAUAACGUUAGUGGCCCGCUAUCAGGGCUCCACUUUGGGAUCAGGUACCCUCUUAUUACCCGACACAGUAACCGAUCAGAUCUACCCCAACAUGCGUGAUCUCAUAUACCAGGACACCACCCAGCUCAUGAGCCGAGUCAAUCAUGUCGGCAAUGCCACAGUUUUGAUCAUCUUCAGGACCAAAUGCGAAAAGGCUUUAGAGCCAGUCCCACCGGCAGAGGGGGCGACUGGAAAAGCAGUUAGUAAAAAGCCAGUACUCGGUACUCUUGGCAAAAGCUUUAACGAGCAGGACAUACUGUUUGUCAUUGGGGAUCCUGAUCCACUACUAAAGAUUCCCUCGGAACCGUGUUCCGAACUGGCCCCGGAGGAAGGCGAUCCCCGACUUAAGCUAGACUUGGCCAGAUAUGCCAGCUUGGAGAAUCGGCGGGCCAUUUUUCCAGACGAUGAUCCCUGUCCCAAAAUGAAGCCUUCCUUUACUUCGCUUAAAAAACUGACCCAGCACUACUCGCAAAUCAUUGACUCUGUGUCGGAGAAAAUAAAGACAAUGGAGUGUCAACCGCUCCCACCCAGUUCUGUGCCUACCACGGAACCACCCUCUGAGUGGACGUGUCCCUCGCACAAGACGCCAUUCGACGAGAUUAAGGCAGACCGGUGGAUACCCAUUCCCGUCCGACCCAAAGAUGACUACGGCGUGGAGCCAAUACGCUUUUGUCCCGUAUGCUUGCACAGCAUGUCCUGGAUGCCGAAGUAUGCUCCCUGUCCCAGGUGCCUAACCAAGACGCGUCCUGUACUCGAAGGCCACCCCUCUAAAAUUUUGACUGCCGAAGAGAUCAUGGCUGAGCAGCUGAAAAAACCAGUGCCCCCACCUGGAGCUGACGACUUUUGUCUGAGCCCCUGCGACGCGGCACGACGCAUGGAUUUAAAGGACCUGGGCUCUGACGAUGAAUGCCCACCGUGUCGGUGCACCUGUCGUGACGGCAAGUGUUGUGCCCAUUGUCGCAUACGCGCGAUGUGCGAGGAUAUAUUCAACAGGGAAUCACCCGAGCAGAUAAGGAAACGCUCAACCAUCCGUCCACCGGAGCCGGGAUCCAGUGAAGAUUUCUGUGUUGUAGCCGAGUCUGAGGGCGAGUAUCGUCCAUAUUUGACAAGGGUCUUUUCUCAAUUGAAGGAUCUGUAUAAGCUGCACGACUCCCAAAAAAUUGAAGCCAUUCAGAAGCGGUGCGAGUCCGAGUCCCUCAUGACACUUCACAUCAAGACCUCCAAAGCCUCCAGCAAAUCAACGAUUCCAACUGAUGGGCGCAUUCCGGGCAUUCCUGAGCCAUUCCACAUUGAGACAGGUCACAAGGAGUGUGUUCCGGAGGACAUACUUGUGCCCCGGAACCACGGAUGGAGCUGGCCGAAAUCCUACGCGGCGCGAAAGCGAGGCUGGCGGCCCGGUGCGAUUCUGCGGACUGCCGGCCAUGUGAUGCGCUACUUCUUAACGAGACGUUCGAAUCAAAAUAUCUGUCAGAAGGUGGUCGCCAAGCUUGAAGAGGAUGAGCGAAAUCGUCUGCCAGUUCUGAAUAUUACGAAGCGUUUUGGAGAGAUCUAUGUGACCUUAAGACCACUGCCCACCUCGGAAAUCAAACAGAAGCCCAUAGUGUUUCGAAUUGUAAAGAGUGAUUUGGCGGUGGCGUUGCGGGAAAUGAAACGCGCCCUCAAGGAUCAGGGCUUCCGGAAAUGCACUUGCCACAAGCCUGUGAUGAUGUGCAUCUGUCGGGAUGCUCUUGAAAAGUUUGUGUUGAAUAAGGCCCUGAAAAAGGAGUGCCAAAAACGCCUGAUGGAGCCGUGCCCAGAGCACCUGGUACUGACCGAUACGAGUGACAGUGAAAUGGAGUUUGAUUUGGAUGUCAACCCCCCUUGCCGACCAAGAAGAAAAGUCCUGAGGAAGACUAUUAACCACUUCACUCAGACAUCAAACAUGGACAAUAAACCCGCGCCUCCGAAAUAUCCAAAGAGGAUUUCCCCCUAUUACAGACGCUACGAUUGCGCUGUGGGAGCACGCUAUAUGGGGACGGCCAUGGGCAAACCCGGUGAGCAGGUCUUUGAGGAUGGCCUCUUCGGGCUUUUGGGUGGCGGACCGCAUGGGCCAAAUCCGACGCCCUGCGGCAGAAAACGGUUGAAAGCAGCUUGGGGGGCCGGUGGCGGCUUCAAUGCAAUGUUCGGCGGUGGUCGUGGAAAUCGUGACCGUGGCCUCAGUGGCGUCAAGGGGGCCUUACCCGGCGCCGACAAGCUUUUCCCGAAAAAACCUACACGUCCGAUUCCUGUUCGUUUUCCGAACCGUUUCCUCAAGCCAGGCCAGGAUGCAGCCAAGGCAGCCAUACAAGCGGAAAAGGAUGCAAUCAUGAAAAAGAAGAAGGGCGUCGACAUGAUCAAGUAUCUGCAGAAGGAGGGCACCAUUUCCCGCCCUUGGAACCCCGAUGAAGGCAAGGAUACCAGGCCGAAGAAAAGCAUGCACGGACCCGAUAGGUUAACAGGUGGAGAGAGGAAGCUCAAGCUUCUCCUAUCGGGGCCGCGUCCUUUGCUUUGUUCGAUUCCGAGACGAGCCAAGGGAUACGAUCCUUGCCUUGAUCCUUGUCGCUAUGAGUAUGUCUGCUAAAGAAGUGUCUGGAAACAGGCCUAUAUAAUUCGGAUUGGCUUUAAGUUCCAUUAAAUAUUUGAAGAUUACUUGAAAAUACCUGCCCAUGAAGAUGUUAGGAAAAAUGCAAGCACAAUA